AUGGCAAGCGAGGUUCUUACCGGUAUCGGUAACGUGGCUGAGCGUGUGGAGAUCUUCGGUGACAACGCCAACUUAGACCCGCGCAAGCAUGGACGCGUGCUUACAGCGCCGCACCAGAGAAGCCGAGACAUGCAAUGCAUACACUGA